AUGAUUCGUGCACGAGAAUCACCACCGAAAGGACUUGUGGAGAAACGUCGAGCGCAGUUCACAAAAGUCGAGCGACCUGCAUCAGCUGAUGAUGCUUUACGGGCGCCACGAUCCCGAUCGGUGCCCAUCUCAGCAGUGUUACUGAACGCUCAACAACCUCAUUUCCAGUUCUCCAAGGAUGGAAUUGAAAGUCCAACUCGUCAAGUGCAGAUCGAUAUGGUCCGCUAUGAUUUCCGAGCGCCAGCCGAUCUGUUGCGACGAAAUCCUGAUGAUCCUAUAGGCAGCGAAUGUGGUGAGGCGGCGACAACUAUGGAACGUUUAAGCGACGGCGAGUCACGAACGGUACGGGUGAUUCGGGAAGGUGGAAUUGACAGAGAGCGACGUCUUACACAACCACUUUCCCGAGCGGCAGCGCGAGCUGCAUGUCAUUUGGUUCCACGCGGUUUUCCCAUCGUUACAGUGAAUGUGACGGAUCCAAAAUCCGCAAGAAGACGGACGAUCAGCGAUGUACCACAGCCGGUCAUCAUAGAGGUCCGCGACAACAAAUCGCCACGAACCACGACAAUUCCUGUGAUACGAUCACCAGCGGCCACAUCUCCGUUGACGAACACGUUACCAAAACGUACAACCAGUCGAACAGUAGAAAUUGAGAAAUAUGACUCGAGAACAAUUACGAUUCCUCCACCUGAAACGCACCGACACGCGGAAACUCGUCCAACAAUCGGACGAGACGAACAGGGAGAAACGUCAACGGCCACAUUAUGGUCACCGUUACAAAAACGACCACGACAACCUCCAGAUCCUGGAAUUAUGCGAUGGGAUGAUAUCGAUACUGACAAUGAGAUCUCAAUAAAGGAAAGAGAACUGGCAAUUGCUAAGGAUACGAUUAAAAAGUUGUCACUUGAUCUUGCUCGAUUGGAGCGCGAUAAACAACAACUUGAGAUCGAAACUCGUCUGCAGCGGCAAAAAUCCGAGGCGGUAUUGGCCAGUCGAGUUGCGGACGCGAUUACACAACUUCGUAGCAGUAGCACUGAACCGGACGUCAAACCUCAAGUGGAAAAGAAACGUUCUCAACCGCCAAAAUUCGAUCCAGUAGCAAUCAAGAAAGAAUGCGAACGUAUGAUGGAGGUGCUUCGUCAAGAAGGUGGUGAUCAGUUCAGCGAAGAGGAACUGGCUCAUGCAAGUGAGGUGGACCGCGAAAUUGAACGCCUUAAACGAGAGUCCUUUGUCAACUUUCGCAGAAAAAUCAAAAUUUCACAGGUAAGCGCCAAAAGUAACUCUGUCAUGCGUACAGAGCAACAACAGAAGCAAACAAGCGUUCCGCCGAACGACUCCCACAGCGUCGCGUCGACAUCCGGUGAAGAGGACGACGGCAGCGAUAGCUCACAGAUCAUUUCCCUACGGGACCAAGUGGUCAUGUAUAACGGUGGUAACGCUGGAUCGAAUAACAAAGCAGCGUUAAUCAGUAAACUCGAACGUGAACUAACCGAUGCACAAACAUGUAAUCUUCGACUCAAUCAAAAAAUCGGUGCCUUAGUGUCUAGCGGGAACGCAACAAUCAAGAAAGAAAUGCUUGAAUUAAAGAACACUCUCGUUAAGAUCCUGAUCUCCAAUCACUCUCGAAAGCAUCGUAAACAUUCCUGA